AUGGGAACCUCUACCAUGCAUACCGCCCCCGCAAGCUUGUCCACCUCAUCGACUGAAGGCGCAUCCACAGCAUCUGUGGAACAAUCUUCUAUAUCGACUUUCGCCACUACUUCCGACUUUACCACCACUGUCGUGGAAAGAAGUAAACCUCAGAUGAGCAGCGAAAUAACUCAGUCACUUGUUUCUACUUCUUACUCAACAGAAUCCUCAUCGGGUGCAAUUACCUGCAUAUUUAUUGGUGACUUCGGCAAUCUCGGCAAAGAUGACACCUACUAUCCCCAGGAACAAACGUUCAUAAACAAGGUGGCAGACAAAUUGUUUGAAGAGUCUCCAUUCCAAUUCAACGCUGGUGCAACUUUUUAUGGAUAUACAUUUCAAGAGUUCGAUCCUUCAAGAGCUGUAAAAGCUACGGUCAGCAGCAGCGACGCAUUCGAGCGAGCGUGCUCUUCACAGUCACCAUAUUUCGGCUUUGAUCCGGAAGGAACUGACGAAGCGAUCGGUCAAAUCAAUUACAUGAGUCCAGGAAAUGCGAACUGUUUAGUGUUCUUCUCAGCACAGCAGAACACAGCAGGACUUUCCGUGUUCACAACGAAUGUAUUCAAGAGGAUCGUUGCCGUAGGAUACAACGGAACUGACCUAAGCAGCAUAGUGCCUUCCGGGGUCUCAGUGCCAGUGCCACUUAACUAUUCUGAAGAUGACGUUUCAAACGUCUACCAAGCUGUAAUGGGCGGCUUCAGUUGA